UAAAUUUUUUAACAUUGAUAGAUAUUCGGGGGUUUUCAUAAAAAAAACGUAUCAGACGACAUAAUUUCCCUUUUGCUUCUUCUCGUGCAAACCCUCUUCCGCCACCGCGAAUUCCGGCCCGCCACGUUCUUCACUUCCGGUGGUAACGCACGGACGAUACUUUCUCUAUUCCACAUUCAGCACUUCCUCCACCAAAUAAUCAAAUAGUACUGAAUAACUCCAAACAAUGGGAGCACCGAAGAAAAGUGCUGCUAGGGUUUCAGAGGAUCAUGAUGAACUUGUUCGAGUUCCGUUACAAGCUAUUCUCUUGGCGGAUAGUUUUACUACAAAGUUCAGACCUAUCACUCUUGAACGCCCUAAAGUGCUUUUGCCGUUGGUGAAUGUUCCGAUGAUAAAUUACACAUUGACAUGGCUUGAAUCAGCUGGUGUAGAAGAGGUUUUUGUUUUCUGCUGUGCUCAUGCCAAGCAGGUGAUUAACUAUUUGGAGAAAUCUGAGUGGUUUUCUCAACCUAAUUUUACGGUAACGACUAUAGAGUCACAAAAUUCUGUUAGUGCUGGAGAUGCACUCCGUGUUAUCUACGAGCGCAAUGUGAUACAAGGAGAUUUUGUUCUUAUCAGCGGAGAUACUGUAAGCAACAUGUCACUUACUCAAGCUCUUUUAGAACAUAAAGAAAGGAAGAAGAGAGAUAGUAAUGCUGUAAUGACCAUGGUUUAAAAAAACGCUGUCUAAAAAAACGCUU